AUUGCAACGUACAUCCAUCCACGUGUGGUGUUAUUCGUCAGCUGUGACAUGAAUUGGAUCCGCGGAAUCCAUGACCCAGCCACAUUGAUCGAUUGGUGCUAGAAUAUUUUUAUAUGAUCACUGCUUGCCUAUUUGACCACUCCUCCCUCGAGUCAAAAAUCUCUGCUCUUCAUUGCCAAACUCAAAAUCCUGACACGGAUGGCGGACGCCGGCGGCGGCAGCGGCAGCAUGCACGUUCUGAUGCUGCCAUGGCUGGCCUUCGGCCACAUCCUCCCCUUCACGGAGCUGGCCAAGCGCAUAGCGCGGCAGGGCCACCGAGUCACCCUCCUCUCGACGCCGAGAAACACGCGGCGGCUCAUCCGCAUCCCCCCGGACCUCGCCGGCCUCGUCCGCGUGGUCGACGUCCGCCUGCCGCGCGUGGAGCGCCUGCCGGAGGGCGCCGAGGCGAGCAUCGACCUCCCGUCCGACGACCUCCGCCCGUACCUGCGCGUGGCCUACGACGACGCCUUCUCCCACACGCUCUCAGGCAUCCUGCAGGAGCCGCCGGGGCCGGGGAGGCCGGACUGGGUCCUCAUCGACUACGCGGCGUACUGGGCGCCCGCGGCUGCGGCGCGCCACGGCGUGCCGUGCGCGUUCCUGAGCCUGUUCGGCGCCGCAGCGCUCGGCUUCUACGGGCCCCCGGAGGCGCUCAUGGGGCGCGGCGAGCACGCCAGGACGAAGCUGGAGGACCUCACCGUGGUCCCCGGCUACGUGCCGUUCACGACCACCGUCGCGUACCGCCGCUUCGAGGCGCGCGAGAUAUUCGAGCCAGGCUUGGUGCCCGACGACUCCGGCGUGUCGGAGGGCUACCGGUUCGGCGUGUCCAUCCGAGAGAGCCAGCUCGUGGGCAUCAGGAGCAGCGCCGAGUUCGAGCCGGAGUGGCUGCGGGUGCUCGGCGAGCUCUACCAGAAGCCGGUGAUCCCGGUCGGGCUGUUCCCUCCGCCACCGACACAAGAGGUCGCCGGCCACGAGGGAACGUUGCAGUGGCUGGAUAGACAGGCGCCGCGCUCCGUUGUGUACGCGGCCUUCGGCAGCGAGGCCAAGCUGACAAGCGCGCAGCUCCAAACCAUCGCGCUCGGCUUGGAGGAUUCCGGCCUGCCGUUCCUCUGGGCGUUCAGGCCGCUGGCCGAUGACGAAACCGGAGAAGCCACGGCUGGGUUGCCGGAAGGCUUCGAGGAGCGGGUCAACAGCCGGGGACUCGUCUGCCGCGGCUGGGUGCCACAGGCCAGGCUCUUGGCCCAUGGAUCGGUCGGAGGGUUUCUGACCCACGCCGGCUGGAACUCCAUCACCGAAGGCCUCGCGCGUGGCGUCAGGCUGGUGUUGCUGCCGCUGAUGUUCGAUCAGGGCCUCAACUCCAGGCUUCUCGUGGAGAAGAAGAUCGGCGUCGAGGUCGAGCGGGACGAGGACGACGGCUUGUUCGCGCCCAAAGACAUUGCGGCUGCUCUGAGGAGGGUCAUUGUGGAGGACGAAGGCGAGGAGUUCGGGACUAAGGUUAAGGAACUCUCCGAGGUGUUUGGAAAUGAUGAGAUGAAUGAUCAGUGCGUUCGAGAAUUUCUCAGGUGCCUGUCGGAGUACGGCACAGCAAGCAGCAACAGGGAUAGUUCCAUUUCAGGUCUGUAAGGUCGUGUACCAUUUGUUCAGAAAAAGGGCAAGGAAAAAGGAAAGCCUAUGGUGCCAUUUCAA